AUAUUGUGGAAUGGGAGAACCACCGAUUGCGACUCGAGAACCUUUCGUUCAUCUCCAAAAUAUCUUCCUCCUCUUUCCUGCGCCUCCAUUAUCCCUUGCGUGGUUUUAGUCUGUGAACUCGAGAGACCGAGCGAGGAAAGUUGCCGUGUGAGACCUGAGAGUUAGGAGAUAUGGCUGGGAUUGGUCCUAUCAGGCAGGACUGGGAGCCGAUAGUGGUGCGGAAGAAGGCGCAGAACGCCGCCGACAAGAAGGACGAAAAGGCCGUCAACGCUGCCCGCCGCUCCGGCGCCGAGAUCGACACCACCAAGAAGUACAACGCUGGAACGAACAAGGCUGCAUCUAGCGGAACUUCCCUCAACACCAAGCGGCUCGACGACGACACCGAGAACCUUUCCCAUGAGCGUGUUUCAAGUGACCUCAAGAAAAACCUUAUGCAAGCAAGGCUGGAUAAGAAGAUGACCCAGGCACAACUUGCUCAGAUGAUCAAUGAGAAGCCACAGGUGAUCCAGGAGUACGAGUCGGGCAAAGCGAUUCCGAACAAUCAGAUAAUUGGAAAGCUUGAGAGGGCACUUGGAGCUAAGCUGCGUAGCAAGAAGUAAUGCCUUGAAGUAGCCCAAAAGCUCUUGUAGGCUGUUGCUGUUGGUUGAUACUGAAUAACUAUGCCACAGAACGACUUUAUGUAUCAUUAUAUUCUCGUGCUCUAAAAUGUGUUUGCCAUAUGUCCCAGUGUAAGAGCUGCAUUGAACAUGCAGACUGACAUGAUAACCUGCGUGGUUUAUGCGUGGUGUUUGUCACUGGCUUUUGCUAAUACAAGUUUCUAUUGUGAGCUAA